CAAGGUCCUGAAGCAGAAGCACGGAGGUGUGCUUCACCUAACGCCACCAAGCACAUGGGGAAGUGAGACGUCCCAAGUACAAGCAUAGAAGGGCAAAAGACGACUCGAAGCCAACAAAGCCUCUAGAGAGCGAGUCCCCUUUUCCAGCACUACCUUGGGCGGGCAGCCGGUCCAAAGAGUAGGCGAACCCAGUAUGGAGCAAGAGAAAUAUUUACCCGAGCUGAUGGCAGAGAAGGAUAGCUUAGACCCGUCCUUUGUUCAUGCAAUGCGCCUUUUGGCGGAAGAAAUUGAAAAGUUCCAGAGUUCUGAUGAGAAAAAGGAAGAUGAAGAGAAAAAAUAUCUUGAUGUCAUCAGCAAUAAAAAUAUAAAGCUGUCAGAAAGGGUAUUGAUUCCUGUCAAACAGUAUCCAAAGUUUAAUUUUGUGGGCAAGCUGCUUGGUCCAAGAGGAAAUUCCUUGAAAAGAUUACAAGAGGAAACAGGUGCAAAAAUGUCUAUCCUCGGUAAAGGUUCGAUGAGGGACAAAGCCAAGGAAGAAGAACUAAGAAAAAGUGGGGAAGCCAAAUAUGCACACUUGAGUGAUGAACUACAUGUAUUAAUUGAAGUGUUUGCCCCUCCUGGAGAAGCUUAUUCACGGAUGAGUCAUGCCUUGGAAGAAAUUAAAAAAUUUCUUGUUCCGGACUAUAAUGAUGAAAUCCGUCAAGAGCAAUUGAGAGAAUUGUCAUAUUUAAAUGGUUCAGAGGACUCACCUCGUGGGCGAAGUAUUCGAGGAAGAGGAAUUCGGAUUCCUCCCACAGCUCCUUCAAGGGGACGUGGGAGUACCGUUCCUCCACCACCACCCGGACGAGGAGCUCAAGUAACAAGAGGAACCCCAGUGACACGUGGAGUACUCCCAGUCCCAUCUGUCACCAGAGGGGUCCCUACCCCUCGAGCAAGAGGCAUUCCAGCAGUACCAGGUUACAGGGCCCCCCCUCUACCAGCACAUGAACCUUAUGAAGAAUACGGAUAUGAUGAUGGAUAUAGUGGUGAAUAUGAUGAACCAAGUUAUGAUGCCUAUGAUAACAGCUAUACUACACAAACACAGAGUCUGCCUGAAUAUUAUGACUAUGGUCAUGGAACAAGCGAAGAUACGUAUGACAGCUACGCGCAAGAAGAGUGGGCCAUAAGUCGUCCCAGCCUAAAAGCACCACCUCCCAGGUCAACCAGAGGGAGUUACAGGGAACACCCCUAUGGUAGAUAUUGAAAGUCCUCCACAUCUGUGACCUCACCUUAAAGACAAUUAAAAACCCGUGGUCUCCACGUAAACGGCAACAAGACAAGUAAUAGCCCAUUUUUUUUCUAUCCUAGGAAUUACUGCUUAUAAUUACCUGUAUACUACUUAUGUUUCCAGAAUGGAGUGACACUGGCAUUAGUAUUAUUUUAGGACAUGGACUUUAAAAGACUGUUGGCAGUCGUUGACUAAACCUUUCAGCAAGAUGAUGUUGUCUUGGUCGUUCCUCACUGUUGUGUGUAAUUUAAAGCAAAACAGGAAAAAAAAAGAAGCAUGAAGCUGCAUCUCUUACCCCUGUCCCCAUACUAAGGUUGAGCUUUUAUUUAGGGUUGCUAAAACUGUAAUAUUACUUUUCUGA